AUGGAUGAGGCAUAUCUUUUUGCACACUAUCACGGCGUUCUUUUCGCAGGUGGUACUGUAACGACGAUCGGAGCGUCUGGCGGCUGGUUGCUUAACGGAGGACACGGGGUUCUAUCAGGGAGCCUUGGCCUCGGGGCAGAUAGAGUGCUACAAUUCGGCCUAGUGACACCUGAUGGUCGAGAAAUCAUCGCAAAUCAAUGUCAGAACGCACGCUUAUUCUGGGCUCUUCGCGGUGGUGGUGGGGGAGCCUUUGGUGUCAUCCUCAACGCGACCCAUCUUGUUCAAGCUGAAAUGCCCACUACUAGUGCCAUUUUCUCUUUUCCAGCCAGCGGCGACAACGAGCGGACAUAUAUGGCGCUGCCUGCAGAGAACAUGCGCGACUGGGCACUUGCUGGCUGGGGUGGUCCAUCCACUACAAAUAUGACCGCACUCGCAAACCCUUACAUCAACACUAGCCAAGCAGAGAUUAUGAUGGCCCCGGCUAUUCAUUUUGUCCAAAGUCAGAAUGGAACAGCCUUAAUUCAACGGUUUCGCAGCUACUUCGACUACUACGUUACCAUCAUGAAUGGUAGUUUGGUUGCCUCUGAGGCGACCAGCGUUGCAUCUUUUCUGACGUCGAGGCUCAUUCCCGAGACAGCAUUUCAAAAUGAGACCACUAAAGGCCUUAUGGUGGACAAUAUUAUGAACAUUAAAGCCUCCGGGUUAGUACCAUGGGUCUUAAACACUACGCCGCUGUUAUACGGCCGGGCCCAACCACAGCAAACAGCGCUGCAUCCUGCGUGGUAUAAAUCUGUGUGGAUUUCUACUGCUCAAGGAGGUUGGAGACCAGGGGCAUCGUUGCACGAAAGAAAAUUGUUUUCUGGGUUGCUUCGUCAAGCCACGCAGUCAUGGAUGACAAUCGCAACAGAAGGCUGCUCAUAUGCCAAUGAGGCGGACCCGUGGAUGGAAGAUUGGGCAGACCAGUUCUGGGGUGAGAACUAUGCGAAACUAUUGGAGGUCAAAAACGAAGUAGACCCAGACGGCCUGUUGGGUUGUUGGCACUGCAUUGGAUGGGAUGCGUCAUAG